AUUCUUCAUCGCUCACUCAAAACAUCUCUCUUUCUCUUUCUCUCUCUCUCUCUCUCUCUCUUAACUUAGUUGAUUAAAAUGUCAAUCUCUUCAUAUGGGCUUUCAGCCCUUGUGUUGUUUGGUCUAGUUCUGAGCUGUUUAAGGACUACUGUCUUUGCUAGUAAUUUCUACCAAGAUUUUGAUCUCACCUGGGGUGAUAAUCGUGGUAAGAUACUCAGUGGAGGGCAACUUCUCACCUUGUCACUGGACAAAACCUCUGGCUCUGGUUUCCAGUCCAAGAAUGAGUAUCUCUUUGGAAGGAUUGACAUGGAGCUCAAACUUGUUUCAGGCAACUCAGCUGGCACUGUAACUGCCUACUAUUUAUCUUCUCAAGGGCCAACCCAUGAUGAGAUUGAUUUUGAGUUCUUGGGGAACCUUAGUGGAGACCCUUAUAUCCUCCAUACCAAUGUGUUCACCCAAGGGAAAGGGAACAGAGAGCAGCAGUUCUACCUCUGGUUCGACCCUACAAGGAACUUCCACACCUACUCCAUUGUCUGGAACCCACAAAAGAUCAUCUUCUUAGUUGAUAACACUCCUAUCAGAGUUUUCAACAACCAUGAAGCAAUUGGAAUUCCAUUCCCUAAGAACCAACCAAUGAGGAUCUACUCAAGCCUCUGGAAUGCAGAUGACUGGGCAACAAGAGGUGGGCUAGUGAAAACAGAUUGGACCAAAGCACCUUUCACUGCUUACUAUAGGAACUUCAAUGCUAAUGCCUGCAUCUGGUCAUCCUCUGGAACAUCUACUUGUAGUUCAAGUUCUACAAAUUCUUUCUCUGAUUCAGCUUGGCAGACUCAAGGGCUUGAUGCCAUGGGACGAAGGAGACUUAGAUGGGUACAGAAAUAUUACAUGGUUUACAACUAUUGCAACGAUUUGCAGAGAUUCCCUCAAGGUAUACCUGCUGAGUGUAAACGUUCAAGGUUCCUCUAAAAACAGGGUUUAGUUAUUGUUGUGUGAAUUAUGUGAAUGAGUUUGUGAUAUAUGUCUAUUGGUGGUUAUCUAGUGCUGAUUUGUUAUUUAUUUCAAUGUGUUUAGAUUUAAUUCUCAUCUCAGUAAAAGCAAAUAAAUUAAUUUUCUGAUUUCUUGUUCCA